GCCCGCGCCGUCGCGACGGCGCGCGGCGACACAUUGUCCACGCAGCAGUGCGACCUGCUAGCGCCGGAGAAUGAAUACCUGGACCCGAACCCAGACCUGCACUCGCUCUUCCAGGAGUACAACCGCAUGUUCUUCGAAGGACGCCUGGCAGGGUGCGAAGUCAAGUGGAGCAAGCGCAUGACGCUCUGUGCUGGUCUGUGCAGCUUUCAGCCACGAAGUGGGUUCUGCUCCAUCCGAUUGAGUGAACCGCUGCUAAAGCUUCGGCCACGCAGUGACCUGGUGAAUACUUUGCUGCACGAGAUGAUCCACGCGUACGUGUUCGUGGCGACGCCGGUGCGUGAUCAUGAAGACCACGGGCCGUUGUUUCAGGCGCACAUGAAUCGGAUCAAUCAAGCGGCCAAAACGCACAUCACUGUCUUCCACACGUUUCACGACGAAGUGGAUUCGUAUCGCCAGCACGUGUGGCAGUGCAAUGGCGCAUGCCGCAGCAAGCCGCCAUACUUUGGUCUGGUGAAGCGGUCAAUGAAUCGGUCUCCUGGUCCGACUGAUCGCUGGUGGGCGGACCAUGAACGCAGUUGUGGCGGGAGCUACACUAAAAUCAAAGAGCCCGCGGAAUUCACAGCCAAGCAAGCAAAGAAGAAGGAGCGGGAGCUGGCACGAGAGCAGAAGCAGAAAAAGAAAGACAAGGAGACGAAGGCAGCGCCCAGCGUCAAACAGUUCUUCCCAACGAUCAAAGAUGAUGCUGAGGCUGAUCAAUCGGAAAAGCCAGCCCGCGAAUCGAAGCCACCGCGU